GCUAUUUGUUGACACAAUAGUUCCUCCCAGAAGAGGCAGCAGGGACUCCACUAUCCCGAGCCUGGAAGCUGCUUUGCCUUCCAGACUGAGUGUAGAGGCAUGUCUCCCCUGCUGGCCCUGCUCCUGGCUGUGCUCUGCCCCCAUGUCUUUGGCUUCCCUGGGGGCACCACAGAGCCAGAGAUGGUGUCCCCAGAGGAGCCGAACAACAGGACUACGGACAACAGCCUCAGUCUAGCUCGCAGCAAUACCGACUUCGCCUUCAGCCUCUACAAGCUCUUGGCCACCCAGAAUCCUGGGGACAAUGUGAUCUUCUCUCCACUCAGCGUCUCUGUGGCAUUGGCAUUGCUGGCCCUCGGGGCCCGUGGCAACACCCAGAUCGAGACUCUCCAGGGCCUCAAGUUCAACCUUACCCAGCUUUCUGAGGCUGAAAUCCAUCAGGGCUUCCAUCUUCUGCUGAGCCACUUGAGCAAGCCAGGAACCCACCUGCAGCUCAACAUGAGCACUGCCGUGUUCGUGGACCAGCAGCUUCAUCUGCUGGAGAGCUUCCAGCAAGAGGCCCAGACCCUGUACACAGCCGAUGCCUUCCCCACCAACUUCCAGGAUCCCCCCGCUGCUGAGAAGCUCAUCAAUGAUUAUGUGGAGCAGAAAACUCAAGGGAAAAUCCAGGAACUUGUCAAGGACUUAGACCCACAGACUGUGAUGGUGUUGGUGAACUGCCUCUUCUUUAAAGCUAAGUGGAAGACGCCCUUCGACCCCCGCGACACCUUCCCAAUGAGUUUCCACGUGAACGAGAGCAGGGUGGAGAACGUGCCCAUGAUGAGCCUGGACGACACGCAGAUGCUGUACUUUCGUGAUGAGGCUCUGGGCAUCACCGUGGUGCAGCUGCCCUACAGCGACAGCCGUGCCUGUGCCCUUUUUGUCCUCCCGGACCAGGGCCGCAUGGCCGAGCUGGAGGCGACGAUGAACCCUAGCACCUUCCAGCACUGGAGAGACUCGAUGAGCACCAGAAUGAUAAACCUGUUCCUGCCCAAAUUCUCCAUCUCUGGGGACUACAAUCUGAAGGAAGUCCUGCCUAAGCUGGGCAUCAGUGAGGUCUUCUCCGUGCAGGCGGAUCUCUCAGGCUUCACAGGGAACCGAAACCUGCAUGUUUCUGAGGUGGUCCACAAAGCUGUGCUGGAUGUGGCUGAGAAUGGCACAGAAGCAGCGGCCGCCACAGGCAUCAAAGCUUCUUUCCUUUCUGGAAGCUUCUCCACGAUGGUGAUAUUCAACAGGCCCUUCCUGGUGGCCCUCUUCUCUGAGGAUACACAGGGCUUCCUCUUUCUGGGCAAAGUGACCAACCCCGUACAUUCCUGAUCUCAUAACAGGGUCAACCCUGAAGAAUCAGCUUUGCCCCAGGA